UCCAAGAUGGAGGGACUUUGUAAUCCAACGUACUCUAUAGAGUUUCUGAAGAAACCUGCCGUCAUUUUAAGAUUUGUAUCCAUCUUAUUUGCCAUUAUUGUAUUUGGCUGUAUAUCAUCUGGUGGAUAUGAUGAUGAUACUAAUAUGUGCCUCUUCCAUGGUGACAGUGGUGCCUGUAACUAUGGCGUGGGGAUUGGAGUCAUUGCUUUCCUUCUCUGUAUAAUUUUCAUAGCAAUUGAUUCUCAGUAUGACACCAUAAACAACCCAGAACAUAAGAAGCAAAUCACCUUGGCUGAGCUGGCAUUUAGUGGUUUUUGGGCAUUUCUAUGGUUUGUCUGUUUCUGUUACUUGGCUGAUAUGUGGCGGAAGACACCCUCUGGUCCUUUAAGUACUAGYAAUGUUAACAAUUGUCAAGCCGCCAUUGCAUUUUCAUUUUUCUCAGUUUUUUCCUGGGUUGGAAUUGCUGUGAUGGCAUUUUCCAAGUAUCGCCAAAGUCAAAAUGAGUUUGGCUAUGACAAAGACAACCUUGCAGGGGACACCUAUGCAUCUCCAUAUGCACCAUUCCCUCCAAACACCUCAGAGGCUGGUGACCCUUAUCAAUCCGCACCCUUUAGUGAGGAGCCACAGGUCCCUGGUCCAGUAAGUGGCCCUUCAGAUGUUCCAAGUGAAUUCAAACAGGCAUCUUACUAAAGUCUACUGUGAGAUUACAGUUCUUCAUAAUGAAAGAUGCAUACUAAUGUAACUGGUAACAUGGUGGUAACAAAAGAAAAAGCGGAACUGUUGGAAAGUAACGCCUGUUUAAAUCUUAGAUUUUUGAUGUAAUUUGGAGGAGAGUUUUUCGUUUGCUUCUGACAACAUUCCUUUUUAUGUAUCUAGAUGAAUAAAAUGCUCAAAACCUCAACCAAAAAUGAAAAUGCUUUCAUUGGCUUAAUACCUGUGAUUUAGUAUUAUAACCUCUGGAGUCAUGUAAUUGAAUGGUGUAUUUGUGCAUUUUUUUAUCUAUUCAAGGCUAAUAGUAAUACAGUAUGUCAGAAGCAUGUGAAUGUGCUAACUUGCUGGAGCAUUGGUAGGGAAAUAUUAAGUGAUUUUGGAAUGAUAUCAAUGAUAACUUGUGAAAUUCUUGUAAAUUCUAGCAUUGUCAUGUAUGUAUCUAAAGGCUAACUUUGUUAAAAUGACCUGUGAUUAUAUUGUAGAAGGUGCCUAUUUUUUACUGAGUAGCAUGGACUUUUCAUAUAAAAUGCUAGUCAGUUAUUUUCACUGUACAGUAUUUAUGGGGCCAUAGCAACUGGUAUUCAAUGCAAUCAUGUUUGAGAUUUUUCAUACAAUGAAAAGUCCAUUUGCAAUCUGAUUCUGUCUGUCGAUUUUAAGUUUAAAUCUUAUGAUAUCUCUGCUUAUAUUACGAAAUAUUACGAUGUAUUUUUAUUUUCAAACAUAAACWAAAACUGGUAAGGGAUGCCAGUUGAACAUGGCCUUCUAACAUUAAAACAUCGAUUCUAGGAAAACUGGAUUUGGCAUUUAUGAAUAACGAGUGGUCAAAUGAGAUAUGUUGACCUUUGUAAACAGAAAACAAGGUGCAUAUGAAUACCAUGUUACAGAAUAUGUACAUUUUGUAUCCUUUCAAUAUACACAUAAAGUAACCUGUGAAACAAGAAGUGACAUAAAUUUAAUUGCCAACUAUUGUACGAUAAGCACAAUUUCGGCUAAAUCUGAUUUGUUAGAAACGAUGUCUUGUCUGUGCUCCACUGCAGUGUAAUCGGGCUUUGUUUCAAAUAUAUAAUAUUGUAUUUAACAAUGUUUUUUUAAUUUUCUUUUAUGCAUGAUUUAAUUCCAAGUUUUUGUAUAAUGAUAAGGUGAAGAUUUGUUGAAACCUAGAGAGGUGUGAUUUAUUUUACUGUUUCGCAUUUGUAGAGCAUAUAAUAAUAUAAGAUUGUGUAAACUUUAGGUAGACUCUCGUAAGAUUUUCUUAUAUGAAUUAACAAGGUUGCUGAUAUUUUAUCGCAUAAUAAAUAAGUCUAUUACGAUUAAA